AUGGGAAAGAAAGAGAGCAAGUCCGUCAAGGCAGCUGCUGCUGCCGCUGCUCCCCCCGCCGAGGUCAAGCCCAAGAACAAGAAGAGCAAGUCUACCGCUGCUGCCAAGGUCGAGGAGACCAAGGCCAACGGUGUCAACAAGAAGGACAAGAAGAGCAAGAAGCAGCCCACACCUGAGGCCGAGUCUAGCUCUGACGACUCGAGCGACGACGAGGAGGAGUCUGACUCUUCUUCCGACUCGUCUUCGGACUCGGACUCGGACUCUGACUCUGACUCGUCGGACUCUUCCGACGACGACGAGGAGGAGGAGAAGAAGGAGGCCGCUCCCAAGACCAACGGCAAGCCCGCUGCCGCCGCGGCUGCCGAGGCCAGCUCGUCGUCGGACUCUUCCGACUCGGAUUCUUCGUCUGACUCGUCCUCGGACUCGGACUCGUCCGAUGAUGACGACGAGGAGGACAAGCCUGCUGCCGCUGACUCGAAGAAGCGCAAGGCUGACGAGGAGGCGCCUGCCGCCAAGAAGGUCAAGACUGAGACGGCUACCGAUGCUGCCACCGCCCCCGCUGCUGCUCCCGAGCUCGCAGAGGGCGAGACCAACCAGAUCUGGGUGGGCCAGCUCUCAUGGAACGUCGACAACGACUGGCUCAAGUCCGAGAUGGAGGUGUUCGGUGAAGUGACGAGCGCACGUGUUCAGCUCGACCGCACCUCGGGCAAGAGCCGUGGUUUCGGUUACGUCGACUUUGCCACCGCUGCUGCUGCCAAGAAGGCCUUCGAGGAGGGUCAGGGCAAGGAGGUCGACGGUCGUGCUAUCCGCAUCGACCUGUCCACUCCCAAGGGUGAUGUCACCGAGAACCGCGCCAAGAAGUUCAACGACCAGCGAUCCGCCCCUUCGUCGACGCUCUUCAUCGGCAACCUCUCGUUCGACAUUAGCGAGGACGACGUCUGGAACGCCUUCUCGGAGCACGGCGAGGUGUCCGGUGUUCGUCUGCCCAAGGACCCCGACUCGGGACGUCCCAAGGGCUUCGGCUACGUCGAGUUCGCCACUCAGGAGAGCGCACAGGCCGCCAUCGACGCCAUGACCGGUCAGGAGCUCGCUGGCCGUCCUCUGCGUCUCGACUUCUCCACACCAAGGGACCGUGAUGGCGGUUCCGGUGGCCGUGGUGGCGGACGUGGUGGUGGAUUCGGUGGCGGACGCGGUGGCGGUGGACGCGGCGGUGGAUUCGGCGGUGGACGUGGCGGUGGACGCGGUGGUGGACGUGGUGGUGGACGCGGUGGCUCGGAUGGGUCGUUCCGCGGCAUGCCUCGCGGCGGCGGAUGGGGUGCACGAGGUGGCAGCGCACGAACUGGUGGUGCUGCCGACUUCUCGGGCAAGAAGAUGACCUUCGACGACUAG